AGAGAGAGAGAGAGAGAGAGAGAGAGAAGGAAGAAGGAUGGGGAAUUACUUGAGCGGGAAGAAGAGAAUCAUCAAGGUGAUGAAGGUAGAUGGCACCACCUUGAAGCUGAAGCCUCCAGUUAACGCCGAGAGCGUGCUGCGGGAUUUCCCGGGCUACGACCUCCUCGAGUCGGAGGAGGUGAAGCGGGUCGGGGUGCAAGCCCGGCCGCUUGCUCGGGAUGCGCCGUUGCGCUCGGGGAAGCUCUACUUUCUUGUGGAGCUGCCCCGGGUUCCGGACCAGCGAGCCCCCCGGAGGGCCUGGUCGGGGCCGAUGCACCUGAGCGCCAAGGAGCGGCUGGAGAGCCUCAUGCUAACGCGUCGGACCAUGUCGGACAUCUUAGUGACAGGAAAUACGACGUCAGCGGCGGUCGAGGCAGAGGAGGGUAAGGAUGGCACCAUCCGCCUCAAGAUGAGGCUUCCGAAGGCUGAAAUGGAGAAGCUGAUGCGGGAGAGCAAGACUGCCACCGAGGCGGCUGCGAAGAUUGCGGAGCUAUGUAUGGUGAAGGAUGGCGGCGCCACCAAGAUGCCCCAGCUGCGGACACCGGCUGUGGGAACCGGACGGAAGGAGAGACGAGCAAGGUUUGCUGCCAUGCCAGAUGAGAUCAUUACCUAGGUUGUCAUCCGUGUUGCCGAGGUCUCGAUCACUACAGCGUUUAGUUCGAGCAAAGGAGAAAUAGAUCACUUUGUGGAAAUUGAGAAGCUGCCGAUGGCUUCCAAAUCCUCACCACUGUAUCAUUUUUCUUCCCUUGUAAUAUAUGUGUGCUUCAGUAGGGUCAAAGUAAUGAAAUAUCUGAUAUAAUGAGAAUUUAUUUA